AUGGCGAACAACCGCACCGCAAUCAGCCGGUUCCGUGGCUCCUUUGAAGACCUAGUCGGUUCCUUACCCAUAACCGAGCCUCUUCUAAGCGGCCGAAGCCCGUUAGAUUUCUUCUACGGGCUUCCCUAUCGUCCUAGCCAGCCAUCGCUGUCACCAUCCCCGCAAACCGCCAUCGGAUCUUCUCUCACCGGCCUCCCACCAUCGGACAGAGAGUCCGAUUAUAUCGAGGAUGGAGCCGUUCCUGUUCCUGGCCGAGCUCCUGGAGUGAACCCCUACAUUGUCCUCCCGGGAAGGGGAACUAGACCUGGGUCUCGUCCUGGCGCUGCUCCGACCGUUAGUAAUCAGCAGGCUCGGCGAACAGGACCCCCCCAGGUCCCGUUUCCCGGCAAUCGAGCCAUUCCUCCCGGUCGCCGGCCCCAUGUCCAGCGAUCUCCCUCCCCUUUCGGCUCGCUCGCGUCGCUUCACGAAAAGGUUCCGUUUCUGCCUGACGAGGAAGAAGGGAGAGAGUCGUUCGAGUCAACUCCUGGGUUGCCUGAGAGGGAACCGCCUUCCCCGCCGCCUUCCCCGCCGUCCGAGCCGUCUCUUCCGUCCCAGCCUCCACCUCCGUCGCAAGCGCGCGUGGUUAGUCGAGCUCGGGAGGACGGGACCACGUCGUUAAAGAGUUCCAUAUUUAAUCUCUCCAACACGAUGAUCGGCGCGGGCAUGAUGGCCUUACCUGCGGCUAUGAACGUCCUGGGAGUCGUGACAGGGAGUGUAGCGCUUAUUUUCGUGGCGUUAUUGACUUAUGGAUCCGUCAUGGCCAUGGUUCGCUGCACCGUCGCCGCUGCUGGCUCUCCAUCCUCCGCUGAGGAACCUUCACGGUUUCAGGGAUCUGACAUGUCAAAUGACGCCGCGGGAGCAGCAGGAACUGGCAGAGACGGCAAUUUCAGAGAGUUGGGAAGAAAAGCGAACGCUAGCAAUGGAGGGAAUUUCAGCAGUGUUGGCAGCCGCAGUUUCAGUAUGCGGGAUGAGGAGAAGCUAAGUUAUAACCACACUGUGGCUACGGCUCUGGGAAGCACAGGACGGCUGGUGCUGCAGGUGUCGAUUGUUGUCAACAAUCUGGGUCUCAUGAUGGUGUUCCUUGAUAUUAUCGGGGACGUCCUUGUAGGCAGCGCCACAGGACCUGGCGUUCUGCCACUGGAUCAGCUGCACUUGUCCCCAGACGUGGCCAGAAAGUCUAUCCUCGCUAUAGUCAUUCUCCUUAUUCUGCCUCUCUGCCUGCAAGAUAGACUCGGAUCCAUGAAGGUCGCGAGCAAGAUAUCAGUGGCCCUGGCCAUUGCAUUUGUGCUGCUCGUGCUGCUGCUGUCUGGAGGGAAGAUUGCAGCUGGUGCUGCCACCAUGCCGCCUCUCUUUGCCACGUCUGGCAACGCCCUUGCUGUUUUCAGCGUCAUCAACGUCGUCACAAACGCCUUCAUAUGCCAUUUUAAUGCUCCUUUGCACUCAUCCACCUUCUCCCCUCGUCCCUCAGUCACUCCUAUUUACAGGGAGAUACGAGACCGCUCUCUCCCCCGCAUGCGCAUGGUCGUCUGCUGCUCGGUCAUCAUCACCACCCUCGUCUACCUCUCAUAUCCAUAUAUCCUUGUUGUUCCUUUCCAUUCCACCAUCCCCCCAGUCACUCCUAUUUACAGGGAGCUACGAGACCGCUCUCUCCCCCGCAUGAGAACGGUCGUGCGCUGCUCGGUCAUCAUCACCACCCUCGUCUACCUCGCUGUCGGCAUUUUCGGGCUCGUCCUUUUCGGCCCCGACGUGCACACAGACGUGCUCUACGAUUUCGACACAAGCUUGGAUGUUGUUCCAGGAAUGAGCCCCGUGAUUGCGGCUCAUGCGGUUGCGCUAGGGCAGGGGGUGAAGGUUGGGUACGCUGUUUCCCGGGUGCUGUCGCUGCCUCUGGCGCUGUUUCAGCUGCGGCUGGUUGUGGCGUCGCUGCUGUCGGCUUGUCUGGGGAGGAAAGGGAGAGGAGGGAGGGACGAGGGAAGAACCAUGAGCAGUGGCAAACCUGAAGCUGUAAAUGGGGAAGCUGGUUUUAGCAGCGGGCAGACGAAGGAGAGGACGAGGGUAAAUUCCCUUGAAUAUAUUCAGGUGGAUGGGAAUGAGGAUGGGGCGGAGGAGGUAGGAGAGGAGGAGGAGGAGGGAGAAGAGAGGAACGGGGAGGAGAUGGAGGGGGAGGAGGAGGACAGAGAGGGGGAGGAGGAGGACACAGAGGGGGGGGAGGAGGACACAGAGGGGGGGGAGGAGGAGGAAGAGGACGAGGAAGCAAGGCUUGAAGAGCUUCGACAGGCCGAAGAAAAGGCAACAAAAAGGCGGCGUUUCUGGCGCCAAGUCCGUUUUGUACUCCUUACAGUGUUCCUCCUCGUUUUAGCCUUCUGUGGAGCGGUGCUGGUGCCGGAUAUCUGGAUAGUGUUCCAGUUUAUGGGCUGUACUGCAGCGGUUAUUAUAGGGUUUGUUUUCCCUGGGCUUGUGGCUUUAAGGGCCAAGGGAGGGACUGUAUCGGUGUCUGAUACGGUGGUGGCAUGGCUUCUGGUGUUGGUGGGUGUAGCUGUGGGAACGAUUGGUAUUGUUGUCAAUGUUGUGGUGCUCUUGACGAGCAAUGGCAUGCAUUAA